AUGGAGCUGAGGCUCUGCAAAGAAGAGCCACUCGAGAGAAAAGGUGUUCUUUCGUGUGGCUUGUCAGAGGAGGAAGGAAGAAGUUUGGCAACAUAUUUCAUGAUGACGAUGGAGGAAAAGAGCAGUAGUUUGUUCGACAUUCUUGAUGGUCAAGUUCUCAAAGAUGCGCCAAAAGAAGAGAUCUUAAUUGUUGUUGAUAUUGCAAAGAGAUGCUUACAUUUGAAUGGAAGGAAUCGACCUACCAUGAAAGAAGUAGCAAAGGAGCUAGAGAGGAUUCAAGGCAUUGAUAAUAAAGAUUCCAAUGGUAUUCAACAUAAUUAUGAAGAUUUAGCAUAUGCACAACCUGAAAUUGCAGACUACUCUUGGAAUGUUUCCACAUCGUCAACAGGGUUAGCUUUUGAUAGUGCUGCUACUAGCUUCUCGUUGCAUCAAGAAUUACCAUUGUUGUAAGGGUGAACAAAUAGUAAUAUCCUUUUUGUACGUAGAACUCUUCACUUAUUUUUUUCUAUCUCGAAUUUAGAGAUCAAUUAUAUAUUGUGGUUUACUUUAUUGGUUAAUAUUGUUAACUUUGGUUUCAUCUGAUUGUAUAAGCAUUCAAUGCUUGGUACUUUUACUAUGUAAUAUAAUAUAGUAGUAUUCGUGUUUU